AAACUCCUCUCUCUCUCUCUCUCUCUCUCUCUCUCACUUACAAAAACCCUAAUUCUAGCCAUUUCCCCUCAAAUCUCGCCUCGUUUUCCGUUUCACUGCCCUAGAAAUUCCCAUCUCCAUUCCCAAAAUCUUCUCGAAAUCCUCCUUCCCUAGGGUUUCCCAGAACCCUUUUGUUUUUAUCUGGAGAAUUUUAGGGCAGGAUGAGCUUCCAAGACAUAGAAUCCGGCCGUCCGUUGCCCGCGCGGCGAGAUCUCGCUAACGGCAGGCAAGAUCCGACACAGGCCGUCGCUUCCGGCGUGUUCCAGAUCAACACCGCCGUCUCGACGUUCCAGCGUCUCGUUAACACGCUCGGCACGCCCAAGGACACUCCCGAGCUGAGAGAAAAGCUUCACAAGACAAGGCUACAUAUUGGACAGUUGGUGAAAGAUACUUCGGCAAAACUUAAACAAGCGAGUGAAACAGAUCAGCAUACUGAAGUUAGUGCCUGCAAAAAGAUAGCUGACGCUAAGCUUGCAAAAGAUUUCCAGGCUGUUUUGAAAGAGUUUCAGAAGGCACAACGGCUUGCAGCUGAGAGGGAAACAGCAUAUGCCCCUUUUGUUCCCCAAGCAGUUCUUCCUUCCAGCUAUACUGCAAGCGAGCUAGACAUACGUUCGGAUAAAACUCCUGAAGAGCGCGCUCUUCUUGUAGAAUCUAGAAGACAAGAGAUCUUGCUACUGGACAAUGAAAUCUCCUUCAAUGAGGCCAUCAUUGAGGAAAGAGAGCAAGGAAUCCAGGAGAUCCAGCAGCAGAUUGGUGAGGUGAAUGAAAUCUUUAAAGAUCUUGCGGUGCUGGUUCAUGAGCAAGGAACCAUGAUUGAUGACAUCGACUCCAACAUCGAGAAUUCCUAUGCGGCAACUGUACAGGCUAAGUCCCAACUUGCCAAAGCAUCCAAAACCCAAAAAUCAAAUUCAUCUCUGACCUGCUUGCUCUUGGUGAUUUUCGGGGUUGUCCUACUCAUCCUGAUCAUAGUCCUUGCAGCUUAGUCUGAAAAUUCAUUGGUCCAAUCCCAAUCACUAAGUAAGAACCAGAAUUGAGCUACAGCCGUCCGAUCUGGCUCUAACUGUGUGUUGCGUGGAAGUGCUGAUGAGGUUGUAAUCUGGUUAGUGUAAUAUAUGGUCUUUUUGGUUGUCGGUAACCUCAGUUGAUUUCUUUGAUUCCCUUCUUAUUUUCUAUUGUCGUGAGUUGGUGUUCCAGCUUCAGGCAGGUGCGCCAUGCAACGAUACCUUAUAAUAAAUAAAUUCGAGAUUUUUUCAUUUCUUUUUUCGGCUUUUGGUUUUGCAGCUGUUUCUAUGGGAACAAGCUCAUGACCGUCCCCUUCUUUUUGGCUAUCUGUAGUCUCAGUUGCUUUCUUAUUUUCUGUUGUUGUGAGUCGCGGUGUUCCAGUUUUCCUCAGCUAAUCUGUGGGCUCUAAUUGUGUUUUGCGUUGAAGUUUUGAUGAGGUUGUACUCUGGUUAGGUUUACAGUGUAAUGUAUGGAUUUUUUUUAUUUUUUUUAUUUUUCUCUCUGUAACCUCAAUUGCUUUCUUUGAUUCCCUUGUCAUUUUCUAUUGUUGUGGGUCCGUGUUCCAGUUUCAGGCAGGUGGGCUGUGCAAGGAUUCUUAUAAUAAAUAAAUUUGAGAUUUCUUCUUUC